AUGGCUGGAAAUAUAGGCAUGGAGCGCCUUAUUCCCUUAGUUAAUAAGCUUCAAGAUGCGUUUUCAUCUCUUGGGGUACCUUUAAAUUUGGAUUUACCACAAAUUGCUGUCGUUGGUAGUCAAAGUGCGGGCAAAAGUAGUGUUCUGGAAAAUUUUGUUGGAAGGGAUUUUUUACCUCGAGGAAGUGGUAUCGUGACAAGACGACCGUUAGUUCUUCAACUGAUUACUUCUGAUUCAGAAUAUGCGGAAUUCCUUCACAUGAAAGGUGCUAAACUUACGGAUUUUGAGGAAGUGAGAAAGGAAAUUGAAGCUGAAACGGAAAGAGAGACUGGAAGUAAUAAAGGUAUUUCGAAUAAGCCGAUUAAUCUGAAGGUGUAUUCUCCUAAUGUUCUAAAUCUUACUCUGAUUGAUCUUCCUGGAAUGACAAAAGUGCCAGUGGGUGAUCAACCAUCAAACAUAUCCUCCUUGAUAGAGGAAAUGAUUCUUCAGUUCAUCACCAAUGACUACUGUCUUAUUUUGGCCGUUUCGCCAGCCAAUUCAGAUUUGGCUAAUUCGGAUGCUCUUAAAAUUGCCAGGGAGGUUGACCCUCAGGGUCUUCGCACAAUUGGCGUCAUCACAAAGUUAGAUCUCAUGGAUUCCGGAACCGAUGCGCGAGAUGUGUUGGAAAAUAAACUCUUCCCUCUCCGAAGGGGUUAUAUCGGUGUUGUGAAUCGAAGUCAAAAGGACAUUGAUGGUAGAAAAGAUAUUAAUACGGCUAUCGCUGCGGAGAGGAAAUUUUUUUUGGGACACCCGGCCUAUCGGCACAUGGCCGAUCGUAUGGGCACACCGUACCUCCAGCGUGUCCUCAACCAACAGCUAACUAAUCACAUCCGUGAAACUUUACCCGGUUUGAGAAAUAAACUUCAAUCACAGAUGUUGGCCAUGGAAAAGGAGGUAAGGGAGUAUAAGGCAUAUCAGCCCGCUGACCCCUCGUUCAAAACCAAGGCCCUUAUGAUAGCCGUGAAGGGCUUCGAAGUUGAGUUCACUCAGACAAUUGAUGGUUCUGGAUCAGAAAUCGAUACUAAGACGCUGUCCAGAGGGGCUCGUAUCAAUCGCAUUUUCACGGAACGUCUGCCCUAUGCACUGGCCAUGCUCCACAAUGACACGGAGGAACUACGAAGGGACAUUAGCUUCGCCAUUCGUAACAUUCACGGCAUUCGUUCCGGUCUCUUCACGCCUGACCUUGCCUUCGAGACGAUUGUUCGUAAACAAAUUGAACGCAUGAAGGACCCUUCGCUAACUUGUGUUGACCUAGUAGUUGAGGAAUUAAUUCAAAUUGUUCACGACUGCGCAACGAAGGUUAGUCUGCUUAUUUUUCUUUAA